AUAUUUAAAAUCAAGACGUACGACAAAAGAGGAUUAAAUCAUAUGUGAAGGUCCCCAUAAAGUUCAUAUUGCCACUCAAAAGUCCAAACAAGAGACAAGUUUCAUUGACAACUGCACAGCUAAAGAACAUGCCAUUAAUUUGCUUUCCUUUUUCUAACUUUGCUUAUAUCUUUCAAUUAUAAGAAACAUAUAUAUCCUAAACUUCCACUCCACUAUAGAACUUUGAUAGUACAUUAUGGGAAGGUUAUUAUUCUUAGUUUCACUAACUUUGUUAGUGACCAUUCAAGUUGUACAACCUCCAAUAUUUGUUUGUGCUGCUACCAAAGGAAAGAAUUUUAUAACAGUUUUGAGCAUUGACGGGGGUGGAAUCAGAGGCAUUAUUCCAGGAACCCUUCUUGCCUUUCUUGAAUCCAAGCUUCAGGAGGUUGAUGGACGAAAUGCAAGGAUUAUAGACUAUUUUGAUGUAGUAGCAGGAACAAGCACAGGUGGAUUAAUUACUACUAUGCUCACAGCUCCAAACAGAGAUAAUCGCCCUUUAUAUGCAGCUAAAGAUAUUUCCAACUUCUAUAUGGAACACUGCCCUCACAUCUUUCCCGCAAACCGCCGUAACAGCUUCGUGCAUAGGAUAUUCAAUUUGUUUGGAGGACCAAAGUACGAUGGCAACUACUUAAGAUUGUUGCUUGAAUCAAUAUUAGGCAAACUUACUAUGAAGCAGACAUUGACUCAUACUGUCAUCCCUGCUUUUGAUAUCAAGCGCCUUCAACCAAUUAUCUUCACCACUGUUGAUGCCAGAGCAAAUGUCUCUAAGAAUGUUCUAUUAUCAGACAUCUGCCUCAGUACCUCCGCAGCACCAACCUUUUUUCCGGUACACUAUUUUGAGACUAGGGAUGCUCAAGGGAGAAUACGCACAUUUGAUAUGAUUGACGGAGGUGUGGCUGCAAAUAAUCCAACACAAAUGGCAAUUACACACAUUUCAAAAGAAAUCAUGAGGGGCAAAUUUCAGUAUGAAGAGAUGGAAACAAUAGACAGCAAGAAGAUGUUGGUUCUAUCAUUAGGCACAGGUAUUGGCAAGCAUCAAGGGUAUAACGCAGCCUCGGCAUCAAAAUGGGGUUUACUUGGUUGGGUUUACAACAAUGGUCAGACCCCAAUAUUGGAUGUUUAUAAUGAUGCAAGUGCUGAUAUGGUAGAUAUACAUGUUUCAACUAUGUUUCAGACACUUCGCAGUGAAAAGAAUUACCUCAGAAUUCAGGAGGAUAAUUUGAUUGGGGAUGCUACAUCAAUGGAUAUAGCAACCACAAAAAAUAUGCAGACACUUGUGCAGAUUGGUAACAAUCUAUUGAAAAAGCCAGUAUCAAGGGUCAACUUAGAGACAGGCCAAUAUGAACCCGUUCAAGGGGAAGGAACAAAUGAAGAAGCUCUAAUCCGUUUUGCUAAGUUGCUUUCACAAGAAAAGAAGCUUCGAUACACCAACUGAAAAGUUUAAGUAGUACUAUAUAAUUUAGGAAAUUAAAUGCUUAACGAACUUAUCAUACCACGAAUAGUGAGACUUAUUUAGCAAAAUAAUUUUUUUCAGCUUCAAUUAUUUGAGUUCUUGAAUUGGAGGCAAAUUAUAUUUGUAAAAUUUCAGUGUAAUAUGUUGGAGUUUGAAUUUUUACAUAUGAAUUUCAACAUAAUGUGAUGGAAUUUAUAAUCUGCUAAAAUUCUAACAUAAUAUGUUGGAGUUUUA